AUGGCAUCCCCUGGCCACACGGCCGUGAACGUUUCGUUGUCGCUUGUGGCGCUCUGUUUCCUCUUCACCGGUCUAGCUGUCGUAGCCGACGACCACUUGGUGCCUGCGAUCGAAGUUCUGUGCGAGAAACUCGAUAUUCCCGAGGAGGCAGCGGGCGCGUCGUUCCUGGCGUUUGGUAGUGCCGCGCCAGAGAUUCUUUUGAACGCGGUUGCGACGUGCGAACACUGA